AUGAGCAGCAGCAGCCGCCGCCGCCACGCCCGCUCGCCGGCGGUCGGGCCGUUGGAUGACGACGACCUCCUCUGCGAGAUCCUCCUCCGCCUGCCCCCGCAGCCUUCGUCCCUCCCGCGGGCCUCCGCCGUCUGCAAGCGCUGGCGCCGCCUCGUCUCCGACCCCGGCUUCUUCCGCCGCUUCCGCCUCCGGCACCGCCGCAAUCCGCCCCUCCUCGGCUUCUUCGACAAGUACGGAGGUAGUCCCUUCCGUUCUUCCCUGGAGGCCCCCAAUUGCAUCCCUCCCGGGCGCUUCUCCUUGCAGCGUGACGACGACUACGACCGCUCCAUGUCCCUUGGAUGUCGCCAUGGUCUCUUCCUCGUCUUCCUCACGAAGCACCGCCAAGUUCUGGUGUGGGACCCCAUCACCGGCGACGAGCAGCGCAUCGCCGUUCCCCCGGCGUUCGAUGAAGACAAAACCGUGGGCCUGGUCAACGGGGCGGUGCUUCGCCCUGCCGGAGAGGACCCACACUUCCAGGUGGUCUUGGCGGUGGCGGACGACAGGCAGCAAGCUCUCGCCUGCGUUUACUCGUCAAAGACAGGCCUGUGGGGAGAUCUCAUCUCAACGCCGCUUCCAUCCGAGGCUAAUGGGAGCCCUAUUCCCACAAUGGUUUUUAUUGAAGACUCUGUGCUAGCUGGAGAUUCCCUUUACUGGAAGCUUACUGGGAAUUUUCAGGGAAUUCUCGAAUUUGAUUUGGCGAAGCAGAGCCUCGCUGUGAUACGGGUGUCACUGGAUAUGCGUGGCGAGGCCAAAGGCUUGACGAUAAUGCGGGCCCAGAGUGGUGGGCUGGGUUGCCUCGUCGUGUCAUACUCAGACUGCGCUGCCCAGUUAUGGGAGAGGAAGACCGAUUGUGAUGGUGCUUCUUCGUGGGGGCUUGCAAGAACUAUUGAACUGGGCAAGCUACUUUCCGUGAAAUCUGUAUGCUUUCUAGGGAUUGCUGAGGAGAAUAAUGUGGUGUUUCUCUGGAACACGAUUGGCGUCUUCAUGGUCCAUCUUCAGUCAUUGAAGUUCAAGAAGCUUUUCGAAACCAACAUCAUUUCUUACUAUCAUCCAUUCGAAAGUGUCUACUCCGCAGGAACAUUCGUUGGUGGUGGACACGAUGGGGCUAAGCUUUUGCUUAAUACGCAAGAUGAUUAAUUGUUGGAUAUGCUAUUUGAUCUAUUGGUAUUGGUUGAGCAGGUAUCUGGCCAGAGUUACGUUCUAGUGGCUGAGAUGCAAAACUGUGUCCUUUCUGUAUUUCGACUCGGAGAUUGACUCUAUGUAGCAUGCAGCGGUCAGCUUUUAAGUCCACUUGUAGACUCUUAAUUCAACACCUUCUGUCUAUUAUCUUAUUUCCUUAGACAUUAGUCAACUGGCAGUAAGGUUGAAGGCAUAUUGAAUUGCUUAGAUUAAAUCCGUACUCCACUUGUGGUUCCUUUGAUUUGCGGCAGUUCAAGCAAGCAUGUUUGUCAAGCUCGCCUGUGAACUGAUCCUACGUUGCUUAUGCUCCAUGGUGCUUCUUUCCAACUAAUGAGUAAUGAAUGUUGAACCGUACUAUCUUCCGUGUUGUACUAGGCCGGGAGGUUUAAACAUCAGAACGUUGCUUA